UAAUGCCCGCCCUCCUGGCCCCUCUGUCUGGGGAACCAGAGGUAAACCCAAAAUAGCAGGUUCCCUGGAGGGAAUAUGAGACGACCAGGUGGUGACGCAAGACCCAAAAUAAGCCCCCUGGCCGUGAUUCAUUGGUCCACCGGCUCUAUUUUUCGGGUUUGGGAACCCCUUUUACGUCACAGUUCAAGGUGACCGGGGGGAUUCCCGAGGAGAUUCUCACAUCUGGCAGACUUUGAGGUAGCAAACCAGCCAGGCAGCAGCAAGACGGCAACACACGGACCAGUUCAUUUUGCUUGAAAUCAUUACUUAGGUUACUGUCGUCCUCUCUGGAUGAUCCAGUCUCAGUGAUGUCAUCGGCAACAUUUCUGUUAGUAAACAUGUCGAUGCUGCUCUGCGUUCUUGUGCUGGCCGAACUGGGUUGUGACGAGACAGAAUUCCUGCUUACAAAUGGAACUUGUUUCCCCUGCCAUCUUUGUGGACCAGGCGAAGAGCUGUCAAAGGACUGUGGUUUCGGGGAAGGCGCUGAUGCCGUCUGCGUAUUGUGCCAAAAAGGCUCAUUCAGCACCGACACAGAUGUGAAUCCAUGCAGAAGAUGCACGCAGUGUCAUCUGUUAAAUCGCCAGGUGGGGUCGCCAUGCUCCUCCAUUCGUGACGCUCUGUGUGGACACUGUUUGCCAGGCUUUUAUGAACUACGAGGCAUGAGCGGUGAAGUGGAGCCAUCUUGUGUCCCUUGCUAUGGUCGUAAUAAAGCACAUCAGAAUUGUUUUUCCAAAAACCUGGACUCAAAUGCAGAACCUGCAGUCACUGUGCUGAGGGAAAAUACUGAGGUGCCACAGGAGGAAAGUGGUGGAGAAGGAGAAUUUCCAAUAAUAAUGAUUGGAUCUUUGACAGCCUGCGUGGUCUUUUUGUUUGCUCUGCUUUUUUGGGCCUUUCUCUUGACUUCAGAGCGAUUCAAGAAAUCUACUGCAUACUGUCCUGUGCUCAAAGAAGCACUGUUGGAGAUGGAUCCUCCAGUUCCCUCAAGCCCCACGGAGGGUGCAGAGCUGACGGCUGAUCUGCCAAAAGAUUCUUUCCAAGACCAGAACUUGCUUCUCCGGGAGAAUGACUCUCAGCCUUCGUCGAUAGUCAUCAACGUCACCGCCAACAUAAAGCCACCUGGUCCAAAAGAGGAGGCCUUUUACCUCACCAAAGAUGGGCGGGAUUCCAGAUGCAGCCAUCAUGAUGAGAUGGAUCAAAAUCUACGAAGAAUAUGGGAAAAAGCUGAAGGUCAGAGUGUUGAAGCUCUGAACUACGACUUGAUCCAAGACUUGUCUUUGCUGCUGGACACCUCUGAGAACAGGAUGUUAAUGAGAAGACUUGGCUUGUCUCUUGGUGUGCCCCCUCAAGUCGUUGCACAUCUGAACGGCUUCCAGGAUCUCUAUCUAUACCUGAGCACUUCGACUUAUACACUCCUGCCUCAACUGGCCCAAGCAGCUGCUCUGUUGCCCUGUCCUGAAGCUGUUGCUAUGAUACACAAUGCAGUCAUGAAAAAGUGACCAUAUCAGCAGCAUGUGUGACAGUUCUGAAAUGAUAAA